GUGCCAAAAGAGGCGACCUUAGGCGCCACAAUGGCACGGAACCAAUUCUACAAUCUCAGAUCCAGCGUCAACUAUCUCUCUUUUUCUACUUUCUAGGCAAGUAGGUACAGUACAAAAGAAAAAUAGACAAUCCACUCUAACCCCCCCUUAGGAGACUCUUAGGUCGCCUCACUCAUCUUGAAGAAAGACAUAUCUCUCUUAAAUGAAAGCAAAAUCAAAAAGCAAAAGCAGUUAAAAGAGGACAAAACAUUUUCAGUUUUGUGUGUUUGUGUUAUGGUGGAAAAGGGCAUAAUCGACAUUCCUUAUUCCUUUAUCUCUGCUCCAUGCUUUUCCUCUUUUUCACCUCUUUUGCUCCUAAUGCUUUUGUUGAAUCAAUUGUAUCACUGACCUCCGUCGUGUUUUUAACUGUAACGGCAGCAGCAGCGGUGGUUUCUGAUUGAACCACCGGACUUCAAAUGCCGGAGUAGUUUUUGCUUUCUCGGCCUUGGCCGGACUCGCAUUGGCCGCCGCCCUUAUCUAUUCUACUUUGUAAAAAAAUUAAAAAACGGCUGAAAUUUCAAAGAUAUUUUUACCGUAAAGGACAUUACAUUAUCAUAGUUUUUGAAAACCCUAGAAAUCUGUUUAUAGAGUAAAAAUCGUUUGUAAAUGAAAGCUCUCAAACGAAGUCAGACUUCGUCGUCUUCAAAUUCUCCUUCACCGUCUUCAUCUUCACCAUCGCCGUCGUCUUCAGCGUCAUCGUCGUGGAUUCAUUUGCGAUCAGUUCUAUUUGUUGUUGCUUCCUCCUCACCAGCUUACUGUUCUGCCUCUGAUCGAGGUCAUCUCAAAUCACCAUGGUCCCGUAGAAAAAGAAAACAUGUUCUUUCACCCCUACAGUGGAGAAGCUUUUUUACACCUGAUGGAAAGCUUCGUAAUGGAGGAGUUAAAUUUCUAAAGAAAGUCCGAAGUGGAGGAGUUGAUCCAAGUAUCAGGGCGGAGGUUUGGCCAUUCCUCCUUGGGGUCUAUCACUUGGACAGUUCCAAAAAAGAAAGAGAUACUAUAAGGAAAAAGAACAGAAAGGAAUACCAGAGGCUUCGGAGAAAGUGCUGCCAACUGCUGAGACGCAAUGGUGAAACCUUUAAAAUAAAAGACACUGGUGGAAUUGGAAGCAAUGGACAUAGUGGAAAUCUCAUUGAAGGAAUGGAUUUCCCCGACUAUGAAGAUGUUGUUAGUGCCCUGGAAUCCCUCUCUAGUGGGGAGAGGAGCCCAUAUGUUGAAGAUUCUGACAAUCAGGGCAGUAUAAUAUUGGAAGAAUUGUCCAGUUCCAAACGAGUCAUGGAGCCAAACGAUGUCUCUGAUUCUGAGUCAUCGGAUUCAGAUUCCUCUGCAGACCAUGAUGUCAGUUAUACUUUCCCCUUGUUAGGAAGCAUGAACGAGAAUACAUCUGAGGUGCCUUCUAAGGGCACUUCUCCUUCGAAGACAGAAGUCCAGCCAGAGCCCUGCAAUGCAGAAGAUUAUGCGACAUGGCAACGAAUAAUUCGGGUUGACGCAGUUCGUGCUAAUGAAGAAUGGGUAGCAUAUUUCCCAGCUCAGGGGGGAGGAGUAUCAGAUGACCGGGCACGCUGGUCUGCGCAAGCCGUUGGAUUGAAGGACUAUGAUCACCUAGAGCCCUCAAGGAUCUUCCAUGCUGCUCGGUUAGUUGCCAUUCUUGAGGCAUAUGCGCUUUAUGACCCUGAAAUUGGCUAUUGCCAGGGAAUGAGUGAUUUGCUUUCACCCAUUAUUGCUGUGAUGACAGAGGACCAUGAAGCUUUUUGGUGCUUCGUCGGUUUCAUGAGGAAGGCUCGGCAUAACUUCAGGCUUGAUGAGGUUGGAAUUAGGAGGCAACUAAAUAUUAUUUCUAAAAUUAUCAAACAUAAGGAUUCACAUCUCUAUAGACACUUAGAGAAGCUCCAAGCAGAGGAUUGCUUUUUUGUGUACAGGAUGGUGGUAGUGCUCUUCAGGAGGGAAUUAACUUUUGAGCAAACACUCUGCCUAUGGGAGGUAAUGUGGGCAGACCAGGCUGCUAUUAGGGCAGGGAUUGGGAAGUCUGCAUGGAGUAGGAUUAGGCUGCGAGCCCCACCAACAGAUGAUCUUUUGCUUUAUGCAAUUGCAGCAUCUGUAUUACAGAGGAGGAAACAAAUCAUUGAGAAGUAUAGUAGCAUGGAUGAAAUUUUAAGGGAGUGCAAUAACAUGGCUGGUCAUCUUGAUGUAUGGAAGCUACUAGAUGAUGCCCAUGAUUUGGUGGUCACUCUCCAUGACAAGAUAUAGACACCUUUGUUGUAGUGCCUUUGUUAUGAUGCCCAUUAUUUGGUGGUCACUCUCCAUGACAAGAUAUAGACACCUUUGUUAUAGUGCCUUCCAAGAUUUUAUACCACUAAUUUAUUCUCUUUGCAAAAUUCAGCAUUCAUGAAUGGAUGCUCUUCAAGUCGUCACAUUUUUGUGGCGAGAAAGGACAGUAUCUGACAAGUCAGAACACUGCUGUUGCUGCUUUUUUGGGUCGGAGAUCGUACGUUCUGAAGUUGGGAAAAAUCUACAAUCAACUCUGCCGCGUACUAGCACUGGUAUUUGCUCGGUUUCAGUGUAGCCAUUAUUAGAAAGCCUAUGUUCCAGACUGGCUACCAUGCGCAAUAUAUAUAUAUUUUAAGUUCCUCAUGUUUAACGCUUAUAGUUAUAGGGUAUUUCUAAUAGGAAAACUAAAAUGGAGAUGUUGUGCCCAUUGCCCAGCUUCCUUGGGGUCAAGGAGUGUGGGGUGUGGGGUGGGAGUGGAUGUGAACUGGUUGGUUUGACUUUUGAGACGCACAGAAUUGUGGUUUUUAAUGUGUUAAAGAACCGCUAUAUCUUGCAAGGCAGAAACAUUGAAAGCCUUGUAGAGUUUGACAUUGUUAUCCCUUUUGCGGGCAACUCGGGCAUACCUCAAAUCCAGUGGCAGAACAUCUUCUAGAGCUGUUAGACGCCUACAUGAAAAGACCACCAGGGCCAAGCUUCCAAAUGUGCAAACUGCAUGAGCAAUUAAUCUCACAAUAUUAGUAACCCU